UCAUAUGUCAAACAGCUUUACACAUACGGUUGAUGCUUUUGUCCACUCCUCUGGGAAGUUAAGUCAGUUGGAUGGAAAUUUUAUCUGAACCUUAAAUUUCAAAUCUUGUUAAGUGUCAAGAGUUUUCAGUUAGAUUUAAGACUCCGAACUUUGACUACGCCAUUCUAAUAAUAUGGUUUGUCCUCCAUCAACAGCAUCCUUGAAGCAACUGAAGAAAAGCUCGAUGUGUUUAAGUUAGAUGUUGCCGCUGGGAAGUGAUGACUAAUAGUCAAAUCCCUCGUUCUAAAACAUCCGCCACGCCACCUGGUUUAGUUCCGCCCUGGGCAACUGUCCAUAUCAAAAACCGCCCCUGCUAAUAGUUCUGUUGAUGAUUUCCCUACAGGUGAGCUCUGAAGGCAAAUGAGGAGGAUUUUUUAAAUAUUUUUUUUUCCGGGAGAAGCACUUUCUUUAACGGUACUUCUGAAAGGCACUAAUUUGUUAGUCGAUCAUGAUUUUUUUUUAUUGUGAUGUAAACAAAUCAAAUAGAGAUGUUAAGAUUAAGUGAACACAGAAGCAAAACGAAAUGUGCGAAGAAAGAAGAGUCUAGUGCAGUCCUUUAGGUAUCUGUAUGCAUUUUUGAAAGAAGAAAAAUAAUAGCUACAUUACGUUGCUUAUGAUAAUAAAAAUAACACUAUUAAUAAUGAAGAGGAAAAAAUGGUAAUAAAGUAAUAAUAUUGCCGAUAAUAAAUCGACACCGUCUGCUCCCGAGCGGGAAUGAAAAUCCUGCGAUCUGAAUGCAGGAUGCAAAACAAAUACAAAAAAGAUCCAACAAAACUUUUCUUAAUGUAAACAGAGAAAUCUUUAUUAGAUUAGAAUUUUUAACAGCACAGGAAGACACACAAAAACUGGUCCAAGUUUAGACGAGGGGAUGCUUAACAGGAACAAACAUCUUCUAACUUCUAACUUCAUCUCAAACUCUUCUGGAUCAAGCUGACCUACAUCUUCGGUGCCCAAACUGAAUUUGGCCCUAAGCUUGACACGCUUUGACGUCGGGAUUUUAGGUCGACACCGAUUCACUGCCUCGGUUUUUUUUUUUUUGCGUUUUUUUGUUACGUCCGUGGUGUGUUGGCACAACCACUCCAUGAUGCUUGCGUUACCAUGGGAAACGUAGGCAAGCUCGAAUUCCUCCACGCAUGUUCCCAGAGAGUGGGACUCCUCUCCUCUCUGAGGGGAGGGGCCUGGAAGGUAACCUGCGGUCACGUCUCUCUGGAGAAGCCGGGGGGGGGAGAGUUCAAGCUCAGAUCGGCUUUAACCCUCUGCUCUCCUUCGGUGCAACCCUACACCGGGCGGCUGUACCUGCUGGCCGCGGAGCAGAAACACAAUGACCCCCCAGUCUAAAGAGGUUAAUCUCGCUCCUCUGACUCCUCCCCAUGUGGUCACUCUGCGCGUUACGAGUCGCACCACCUCAGCCUGCCUUUAAAAGUGGGAGGGUUGCGCCAGACAGCGCCAGAAGAAGCUCGCCAGGGGAGCUGUCUGCGCUACGCGUGGUGCUGAAAAGUGCCAGCCGCCCACCAUCAUGUGGUCAGUCUUCUUUGUCCUCCUGUCCUACCUGGACAGAAACGUGGCCAGGGGCGACUUCCCGAGCCUCGCUUCGGACGCGGACAAGGAGAGCAAGGAGAUGUUCUCCAUGGUCAACGGCACCUUCUGCGCAAAGACGUCCCAGCUGGGGGGGAACGUCCUCUACCAGGUGUCGGACGGAGCCGAGGUGAUCCGCACCGUGGUGAGCCCCGGCGGGCAGCUGGUGACCUGCUCGGUGGUCGUGAACCGGACGGAGGUGAAGUCGUUCGCGCACGAGUGCAGCCUGGGGCUGGAGGAGCGGAGCGGAACCAGCCGGCGGCCGGAGGAAGAGGAAGAGGAAGAGGAGGAGGAGGAUGAGGCGCGUUUUGCGCGCAUGGAUGAAGCCAGGCUGGCGUGCCGGGAGUUUGAGGAGAGCAGGGCACACAGCGGCGGGRAGGAUGAGCAGGGGAAGGGUCUGAGGAGAUCCAAGAGGGGCUUCACCUACCCGGGGACCCUUUGGUGCGGAGCCGGGAACAUGGCGGAUAACUACAACCAGCUGGGAGACUUUGCAGACACGGACAGCUGCUGCAGGACCCACGACCACUGCCCCAACGUCAUCCACGCCUUCUCGUCAAACUACGGAUACACCAAUUUCAAAUGGCACUCCAUCUGCCACUGUGACUGCGAUGAGGAGUUGAAAGCUUGUCUGAGACAAGUCAACGACACAUCCUCCAGGGUUGUGGGUCAGGCGUUUUUUAACGUCAUCGGUGUGCCCUGCUUCGAUUUUGCCUACGAGGAACAGUGCGCUGAGCGCCACUGGUACGGCCUGUGCAAACGAUACGACAAAUUCCCCAUUGCCGUGCUGAGAGAAGCAGUGCCGUACGACUACGGCGGUGUUGACGUCAUAGACGAGCUGACGGUGGUGCCACCCAAGCGGGAGGAGUCCAAGAAGAACGACGAGGAAGAGCAGCGGGAGAGUCCCACUCAAAGUACGAUAUCGGAACCGUCGCUAAGGAACGUUGUCAUCGCCGCCGAGGACUUCAUCAAGGUGCUCGCCACCGUCUCCACGUCUCAAAGCUCCAACGCCAACUCCGACAAGGAGGAAGCGCAAACCUCGGAGAAGAAGAAGAGGAAGAACACUGGGGCGAAGAAGAAAGCAAACAGAAAACAUAAAAAGAAAGGGAAGGGCAGGAGGAGGAAGCAGAAAACGGAGGCGGGUGUGAAAGCAGAGGAAGGAGCUGCGGGAAGCAAGGCAGAAGACAUCUUGUCUUUGAGCAACUUCAUCAGCGAGUCCAACAAACGCGAUCAGUCAAGGUUUGAUGCAAACAGGGUUGAUGACAGGGAAUUUCAGCUUAGAAGGACAGAUGAGCCCUCCAAUCAAGUCAUGAAAGAUGAGCCUACCUCGGGUAAAGAGAAGGUUUCCAUUACGUCACCUCUGAAGGUUCGGAAGAUGCCGGAUGAGUCAGUUGAGGGGAUGAAAGAGGAAGUCCCUUUAUCAGAAAGCCCGAUGACUCUUACGACACAGAAAGUAAAAACUAGAGGACAAAAAAAGGGCGGGAGAAACAGCAGCAAGAAAAAUUCACCUCCUUCCUCUGAACACCAUAGAUUAAACUACGUAGACUCUGUUCCAACGAUUAUUGACUUACUGCCAACCGUAGAACCGGAGCAACGUAGCUCCACUACUACAAGCACUGCCAUUGUUCCUAUUGUAGCCCCCAAAGUGCAAAGGAGCAGGUCAAAGGAGAGAGGAGACAAAGAGAGGAGAAAGAAAAGAAAGAAAGUCAGCUCAGACACUCUCAUUGUGCCUUCUGACCCUCAGGAAUCCUCUCCUGAGAGUUGGACAGCGUUCCCUCUCUCCGGGUCUCCUACUUCUGCAUCAGCCCCACGCAUGGAGCAGCUGCUUUUAAGAGCGCCGUUUUACAGACCGGACAGUCAGGUUACGGCUCUCAGCCCCAACUUUUCUGCCUCAAAGAGGCGAAGGUCAAAAGAGAGAGUGCCGAGAAACAGAAGGAGGAAAACAGUCAUCCUUCUCUCCAGUCAAAACCUGUUUUCCCACAGCGGCCCUGAAAAUGCUAACCUUGUUCCCACAACUCCUUACACCCUGGUCGGUCGGCCGGGUUUCGCAAGCACCCCUGCGCUGCGAGACACAGAAGCUCAUGAUGAAUUGAGGCUCUUGACAACAGCCGGCCCCACGGUGAGCACAAAUCUCAACGUGCUUCUAAGCAAACGGCAGAAAUCCGACCAGGAACAAAACGAACCAGAGACACUUCCAACUUCGCCAAUCAAGGUCAGAUUCGAAAAGUCCUGGACGACCACGUCUGCAGCUCAAUCCAUUAGUCCGCUUCAGUUCUCUAUUGAGAGAGCGAGAGCACAGUUCAACAGGAAGAAAAGGAGGAAGGCAUUGCAGUUGCGUCAACAGCCAUAGACCCCUGUGCUUCGGGCGUAGCUGGACCAGGAAGGCUUUACUCUAGAGGAUAUGUUUGAUUAUACUGCUUAAAAGAAUGAAAUCAUACAAUCACUGAUUGUACUUUGAGAAUGAUCUUUUUCAAUAUUUUCUCCCGGAUGUCAGAAAUAAAAUUUAUAAAAUAUU